GCCAGGGCGCAUGAAGCAGCCAAUGGGAGCGCAGAAUUAUGUUGCUUUUUCCGCUUUCCUUGAACUUCUUGACAGAUUCCACUUCAGACUGAGAGCGUUCAAGAUGGCUGCUACAGGUUGGAAGUGAGGACUUAUCCAGACCCCCCCCCUGCAUGCAGCUCUUCUAAGGUUGCAGUAUCUUCAUUUCUGAGCCCCCAUCCCCACCCCCACUCCUCCUGUUUCUCACCAUGUCCUCCACCUCCUCCUCGUACUCCUCCUCGGGGGAGACCAGUCCGGAGGAUGUUCCCCGCGGCGGCGGCACUAUCAGAGUCUACCUACCCAACAAGCAGAGGACGGUGGUGAACGUCCGCCAAGGACAGACGGUCUACGAGAGUCUUAAUAAAGCGCUGAAGGUGAGAGGCCUGAGCCAGGACUGCUGCGCCGUGUUCCGCCUGCUGGAAGGUCGGAAGAGGCUGACAGACUGGGACACGGACAUCACUCCUCUGGUUGGAGAGGAGCUGCUGGUGGAAGUGCUGGAUGACAUUCCUCUCACCAUGCAUAACUUUGUACGGAAAACCUUUUUCAAACUGGCUUACUGUGAUUUUUGCCACAAGUUUCUUUUUAAUGGCUUCAGAUGUCAGACGUGUGGCUACAAGUUCCACCAGCACUGCAGCAGCAAAGUGCCUACGGUGUGUGUUGACAUGGAUACAGUGACCAAGCGGUGUGAUGCCAAUCCCUGCACAGAUGAUUAUCCUCAGAUACUAUUGCCUGAAAACUCUCCCUCACAGAGCAACCUGGUCCUAACCCCAGAGCCUGCUGGAACAGGCCUCCUGUCCCCGACCUUCAACUUUCCAACAACAGGGGGAGACGGCCAGUCUCUACAGAGACAUCGCUCCACCUCAACUCCCAAUGUUCACAUGGUUAGCACCUUGGACCCUGCUAAUGUGGCCAUCAUAGAGGAAGCUCUGAAAUACAACACAAUCGGUCCUGAGCCCUCACCAAAACCCUCCGCCAGCCCGCCCUCCUCUCUGGGCUCUCCAGGGAGGAAGCCACAGAGGUCCCCCUUAGAGCACAAGGAGCGUAAAACCUCUUCGUCCGACGACAAGAAGAAAGUGCACCGAGGAGGCUACAGAGACUCUAGUUACUACUGGGAGGUCCCGUAUCGAGAAGUCACCUUGCAGAAGAGAAUAGGUACCGGCUCCUUUGGGACCGUCUUCAAGGGCAAGUGGCAUGGAGACGUGGCCAUCAAGAUCCUGAAGGUCAAAGAGCCCACGCCUGAGCAGCUGCAGGCCUUCAAGAAUGAAAUGCAGGUCUUACGGAAAACUCGCCACGUCAACAUCCUGCUGUUCAUGGGCUUCAUGACUAAACCCAACUUCGCCAUCAUCACCCAGUGGUGUGAAGGUAGCAGCUUGUACCGCCAUCUGCAUGUCUCAGAAACCAAGUUUGACACGGUGCGUCGCAUUGAUGUGGCCAGACAGACGGCGCAGGGCAUGGACUACCUUCAUGCAAAGAACAUCAUUCACCGAGACCUAAAAUCCAACAAUAUUUUCCUCCAUGAGGGCUGGACUGUGAAGAUCGGAGACUUCGGCUUGGCCACAGUCAAGUACCGAUGGAGUGGCUCGCAGCAGGUGGAGCAGCCCAGCGGCUCCAUUCUCUGGAUGGCCCCUGAGGUCAUCCGGAUGCAGGACAGUAACCCCUACACCUUCCAGUCUGAUGUGUACGGCUACGGAGUGGUUCUGUUUGAGCUGAUGUCAGGAACACUUCCUUAUUCCAACAUCAACAACAGAGAUCAGAUACUCUUCAUGGUUGGACGCGGCUACUUGUCUCCAGACCUCAGUAAACUGUACAGUACGUCACCCAAGUCCAUGAAGAGGCUCAUCAUCGACUGCCUGAAGUUCAUACGGGAGGAGAGGCCCCUCUUUCCACAGAUCCUCGUAGCCAUCGAGCAGGUCCAAGAACUGCUGCCAAAAAUCGAGCGAAGCCGCUCAGAGCCGUCGCUCCACCGGGCCGUUCAGGCCGAGGACCUCAACCCCCUCCUGUUCCAAACCACCAAGCUGAUGCCCCUGUAGGCCUCCUGUCUCCAUGUCCACUGCUGGCUGGACUGACUGGACACCCCCCACCCCCCCGGCUUCCUGAACCUUCUGCUCCAGGAGACUCCGGGCGGUCAGCAAAUCCACCCAGUUGAGCGUCACGCUGCCGCUCUGAAGCAGAUCCAGCAGCACAUCAACAUCCGGGCCUCCAGAUGGACAGCUGGGGGAGGGGCAGCUGCUCCAUCCUCACAGCAGCUUCCUGCUUUUCCUUUUUCACUACCAUCAACAAACCAUCCAGUCUGCAGGAGCUUUACUGAUUCCAGACCUUCAGGAUCUCAGCAGGGUUUGAUGAUCUUUAUCCAAACUGCUUGGUUCUGGAGAAGCAGACUAAAAAUGUGAUUAAUAUUCAGUGAAGAUGUAUCGACUGAAUUAAAGUCAGAUAUCAUGGA